AUGGAAAGUCUUCGAAGGAAUACUGCCCAACGUCCUAUGAAUGAAGAAGCCUGUAAAAGUGAGGGCCAGUUAUCAAGGCAGACAAAAUGUCCUACACAGAAGAAAUCUUCUUUUGUGAAAACAGCAAUCAGAAAAGUGUCAAUGACCCUCAAGGAAAUUUUCACUAGGGAGAGAGGCCCUGAAUCCAGUGAAUUUAGUCUAAGCUCAAAAUUUAAUACACGGCAGAAAAUUCCAAAGGGAGCUAUGUCCCCCAUAUCUAGGAAAAACUCCAAAGAUAAUUCAGGCUUAAUUAAACACCAAAAACUCUUUCCACAAAGGAAACCUUGUAAAUGCAACGAAUGUGGUAAAGCCUUUAGUUACCAAUCAGACCUUAUUGCCCACAGUAGAAUUCAUGGUGGAGAAAAGCCUUUUGCAUGCAAUGAAUGUGGUAAAACUUUUAGCCGAAGUACACACCUUAUUGAACAUCAAAGAACUCACACUGGAGAGAAACCUUAUGAAUGCAGUGAAUGUGGAAAAGCUUUUAGCCGGAGUACACACCUUAGUCUACAUCAGAGGAUCCAUACUGGGGAAAAACCAUAUGAAUGUAGUGAAUGUGGAAAAGCCUUUAGCCGAAACACUAACCUUAGUCAGCAUCAGCGAACUCAUACUCAAGAAAAACCUUACAAAUGUAAUGAAUGUGGGAAAGCCUUCAGUGACCGUUCAACCAUAAUUCAGCAUCAACGAAUACACACUGGAGAGAAUCCCUAUGAAUGCAGUGAAUGUGGAAAAGCUUUCAGUUGGAUCUCAUCUCUUAUGGAACAUCAGAGAACACACACUGGGGAGAACCCCUAUGAGUGCAGUGACUGUGGGAAAGUAUUCAGUCGGAGCUCAUCCCUUGUUGAACAUCAGAGAAUACACACUGGAGAAAAGCCCCACGAGUGUAGAGAGUGUGGAAAGGGCUUCAGUCGGAGCUCCUCCCUUAUUAUUCACCAGAGAACUCAUACCGGCGAGAAGCCUUACAAGUGUAAUAACUGUGGGAAAGCUUUCAGUCAGAGUUCAUCUCUCAUCAGACAUCAGCAACUUCACACUAAAGAGUAGUAUCUGUGCUUUGCUUAAUGUUAGCACAAGAGCACACAGCAUAACCUCCCACAGCUGAAAAGAAACAUAUAUACUUCUUUGAAUUUUUCUUCCUACUAGCUAGC